AACAUUUUUGCAUAUUUGCCUUCCAUUUUUCUUUCGUUCUUUCACUCUUUUUAACUUUUUCUUCUUUUUCUUUCCCUCUCCUUUACACUUCUUGUGGCCACAAAGCACAGGGAAAAUAUGGCAGACGCGCUCGUUUCAUUACCGACGAAUGUAUGGACCAUCCAUGAUGUGAUUGUUGAUUCACCCGUCUGGAAGUCCAAUAUCCUACACUUGGAAGAACAGAUCGACCAUUUUGAAAAGUGGGUUGAGGGGUUCAUGAAAGCAUUGAAGCAAUACAUUGAUGCCGUCAUUAAAUACAAUACACAAACCAGUAAUCUGUGUAAAAAGAUACUGCCACAAAACCUGGAUGGCUCCCUUAUUGAUCCGCAGGUGGCUGGCAUGAUUAUCAACACAUUCGCCAGUACGCUCCAAUGCAACCUUGCAUUUAAGACAAAGUUGAAUCUUCUACCACGACUACAACAAAAAAAAAUCGGGAAUGGGUUUAACCAGGUUUCUGAUUUGGAAGACAAUCUGUUACACCCACUACAACGGUUUGUCAAGCAUGAGUUAAAGGAAUUUAAGGAAUCGCGAAGGGCUUAUGAACGCAUGUUGGACAAAUACGAUGCUCAGAUGUAUCGAUACGGCGCGCUUAGUCGAGCCAAAGAAGCAAGUGCUCUUCGAGAAGACGCUUUCCAGACCUACGAUGUACGAAAAACGUUCAUACGAGUCUCGCGCGAGUAUUUCACCGAGCUGCUUGCAUUCAAGGCAAAUUUAGAGCACGUUCUUGUCGAAUGCUUCUCAUGCGCAAUGGCGGCGCAGGUGGAAGAGGCGGAGGAAGCGUAUCAAUCCUGUGCACAGUCGCGAGCGAUGCUUCCCGGGUGGCAACAAUGGCUUGAAGAGAGCAAAGCAAUGAGUGAGUAUCAACUGGAAAAAAUCAGCAAAGCAUCACAACGACUCGAGAAUGUUGCCGUCCGUAAAGUACGACCGUAUCGAUCAUUACGGAAUUACAUCACACCGAUCAAUAGUGGUGCUGUUGCUUCAUCACCUGCUGCAGAAGAGAUGUCGUCUUCGGCUUUCGAUAAAUACCAAAGCCCAUCACCACGGACUAGCCAGAUUGGCUUGGGCAGCAAUAAUGGUGGUGGCGACGGAAGCGGAACAAUAACCACCGAUGAUCAUGGUCAGCCUGCUAUAUCCAAAGAAGGAUAUUUGUUUACGCGCGUGGUGGUGGGAAAACCUGCACGCUACUCGUGGAUCCGUCGUUGGUUUUUUGUGCAGGAUGGAUGGUUCGGUGCGUGUGCGGUGUCGACGGUGGACAAGGUCAAGGGCUGUGUCGUGAUUGCGGAUCGAGUGCGUGUUUCAGACUGUACUUGUCGCGUUAAUAACGAAAUCGAUCGGCGUUUUCUGUUUGAAGUGGUCAGCAAUAAUAGCAACAGCUCAAUGCUCUUACAAGCCGAAACCGAGGACGAACUACAACGCUGGAUACAAACAAUAGAAGAUGCUCAAAAACAACAACAACUGCAGCAGCAAGAGACGAUGACAACAACAACAACGACGACGACGACAGAGGCAAAUAACGUACCUGAGCCAUUACUGACGUCGAAAACAGUUCUAGAUAUCACACAGCUGAACACGGGAAAAGGGCCGGUCACCAUGUCCAAUUCCCCAGCACUUACAGCACUUGGAGCAUCAUCACGCGAGCUAGUUUCUAUCCAAUCGACGACUUCUCGUUUGGUAUCAGUCAUGAAUGGAAACGGAUAUUCCGCAUCGUCUGCAUCCAUGCACGCAGUAUCAGCACCAGCAUCACCAAUACAAACAGAUAGUCCUCCUUCUGGUACAGCUAUUGCUGGUGGGGGUCGUAGUGGUAUACCUCACAAUGCACCUACCACCAGCGGAAGUUACUAUAGCAGACCCGCAUCAUCGUCUCCGCCUGUAUCACGUAACAACACCCCCUCGUCACCUGCUUCUACAUCAUCGUGGAGCAUGCCUUGGAUCAUGUCUGGAUUCAAUGCCCUCGCAAGUAACAACAGUAGCACGGAUGUCGUUUUCCACGGUGGCGAAGGAUCAUUAUCAAGAGGCGAAGAUAGUGCUAUUGUGAUAUAUCCUACACGUGUUGAGAUGGAAGCUUCGGUAGUGACACUGGAUGGGUAUACGGGUGAACUGGCAUCACGACACAGAGAAUUGCGUAGGCUGUUUACACAUGUACCCGAGUCAGAGAUUGUGAUUGAAGCAUUUCCUGCAUCGCUUUAUCGGCAAGCUGGAGUCGAUAUGACGGAUCAGUCGGAUGACCAUUCGAAUGAUGAUAAUAGCACCUUACCACCGCCAAUGGCACCACCACCAGCCUAUGGAUAUGCUAGCGAAUAUGGAUACAGUGGACGAGCCUAUGUUACACAGAACCGUUUAUGGUUUUACCAUUGUUCGCUUAUGACAUGUCUUAAUACGGUCGUUAUACCUCUCGAUACUAUCAAGUCUGUUCGACUGGAAAAAGCCCUUUCCAAUGCAUCUCAUGGUAUGCUCAUGUUUGUUGAAACGAAAUCAAAUCCACCAAAAACAUUUUGUUUUGGUAUUUGGCUUGAACCUGCUGAAGUGGUUGGUGAGCGGCUCAAAAUGGCUAUUGAGGCUGCUAAGGAUCCCAAUAGCAACGAUAUUCAAAAGUUAUACAACCACAUGCGCUGUGUCAUUCCUGGGAAAAUCAAAUCCAAGCAACGGCCAACAAGCCAUCUAAUGCAAACAAGUACAUUAGAUGCAGCAUUGACGCCGUUGACUGUUCAAGCACAUCCACCAUCACCACAACCGCAGCCUUCAACAGAAAUUCCUGGCAGUGGUGUUCGGCCCGUGUCACCUAAAAAUGAUGAUAUUGGAACGACAGGAAAAGAAGGAGGAGGAGGAGGGAGAAGAACUGUAGAGGAUCAACAGCAACAGCAACAACAGACGGAACAUCGACCAUCAGCUGCUGCAGGUGCAUUGACUGCGGCCAUGGAAGCAGCAAAUAGCAAUGCCGGCAGCGCCCAGCCUUCUUCAAGCAGCAGCAGCAGCAGCAACACGGCAGAGCUGACAGCCAAUAAGCAAGGAAAAAGAAAAGAGAUCAAACGUAGCAGCAGUCGCGUUGGCAGUGAUCAAGAAAAUAGAAUUGAUAAGCCGUUACCACCAGGACCUGUGGUGUGCGAUUGUAGCGACCAUCUGGACAAAACUGAAGCCAAAUUGGUCUUACCAACAAGUGCUGAAAAGUUGUUCACAUACAUGUUUUCGGAUAAGCAGAGCGGGCCUCAUGCUGGACAACGUAGUAUAUGGGCCAAGUUGAAUGCAACAAAACAAAAUAGCGAUCCUGACAUAACAGAGUGGACACUUGAUACAGAUGGAAUGAAGGAACGAACAUUGAAAUAUGUGAUGCCAUUGAACAAUCCGAUGGUCAAAACACGCGACACAGAAGUAGUUGAGACGCAAAAGAUUAUAACCGAACAUAAGCGAACCUGCUAUGUUGUUGUAUCUUCAACCAAAACGCCAAGUUUACCGUAUGCAGAUGCCUUUAUACCAUGCAUCAAGUAUUGUAUCACCUACGUUUCAGAAGCUGAGUGCCAACUUUCCUGCUGUAUGGGUGUCAAAUGGCUUAAAAGUAUCAUGGUCAAAACUAUGGUGAGUCGAGCAGCAACAAAAGGCAUGUCUGAUACAAUCAAAGCACUUGUUCCGUUGAUUGAGCAUGAUGCACUCUUGAUAAAUCCCCGUGAUACUCCAUCACCGGCUAGUAAAAGAGAUCAACAACGCAAACAGCAUGAACAGCGUGAGAUGCAACCAACACCUGCGCCAAAAAUGGAUAACAUACCGCCUGCCAAACUGCGGAAACAAGUGCUGAUUCCCAGUGCUGGUCGACUGUUCAUUGUAUGCGUCGUAGUCUUGUUUUUCUAUGCGCUAAUCAAGCGAUAUCAUCCAUGGUACCGCAUCCCACCACAUCAGUAUCCACAAAAAGAGCCAUCUUCUUCGACACAAUUGAUUUGGCGUGCUGUUUUCCUGCGGGACUUGGAGGACGGAUUGAUUGUUAGUCGUGCGUAUGAUGGUAAUGACGAUUAUGACAAUACCAAUAGCAAUCGUAAUGAUACUAUUCAUCGUCGUCGAGCAAUGCCUGCAUUGGAGCAUGUGAAUCCCAAAAUAUUCCGUACAUUCGAAGAGCACCGGAAUAGCAAAUGGUACAGCAUGCGGCAUCAACUGAUGGGGGCUGAAUUGACAUACACGCGUGAGCGGCUAGGUGCGCUUCGAUACGAAAUCCUGACGGCGUUUAAAAUGCUCAAUAUGAUGGAUCAGAAAAUAUUAGAGAACGAGUAUUGGAAUUGGUUACUGGAUGAACGGAUGCGUUGUGAAAACUUGACUGCCGCUGCAACUGGUGGCAGUGGUACUAAUGAUGCAGUAUGUGCUGACAUCAUUAAAGAAGCCGAACUUGCAUAAUAAAAAAGCUUUGUAUUUUAAUCGGAUGUACAAUUUAGCAAUUAUUGAUAGAUGGUCGAAGUGGUAAUAAAAUACAACAAUAGAUCAAAGAAAUGCCAAGAACUUGUCACUCUAUGCAGCCCCUUCCCAUGUGGAGUCAAAAUAUCGCUUGGUUGCCCUGUCGAUCACGUUUCACAAGAGCCACAGCCAGUCCAUUGUUCUAGCCACUUUUCUUGCGUGUCACACGAGUGUGAUUUGAUCACCGUCGCCUCCAUUUGCCAAAAGAGAAUUCCGGCUG